AUGAUUAGUGAAAAAAGAUGCAAAUAUCCCAAAACUAAAAAAGUGUCCAAAUUAUUAUUAAACCCAAAUGAAUCUGACAAUGAAAAAGCAUGGAAAGAAUUUGACUGUGUUUUAAAAUAUCCAUCCAAAUAUGGAGACUCUGGAAUCGACUGUCUUAAAAAAGCACAAAAGAAAGAAAAAUUCUAUGUCAGUUUCUCAGAUACAGAAGAUUUUCAAGGAAAAAUGAGUAUAAAAAAGUUAAAAAAAAAGCAUCCAAUAUCUCAGGUCACGCAACAAACAAAUUUAAAUCACUUGGUUCCAAUGCAUGUAAAAAUCAAAAAAGAGAGAGUAGUUGGCAAUCAAUCAUCAGAGCAUGUGAAGAAUUAUGUCGAGUCAGAGAUUGAAACUUUUGAAGCUUGUGAAAGCAUUAUUGAAAAUAAUGAGACUACAAUCGAGUUUCAAAACGUUCCAUUCAGUCAAUUUCAUGAAAUUCCUCAAGAAACUGAAAGUUCCAGUCAUGAUCAAGUUCCAGAACUGAAAUUAUUCCAAGUAAUUAUUCUAACUCAAUUUUAA